AUGCCGCCGACCAUACCCUCUCGCGGCGGUCCUUCGGGACUGAAGCACCGCCACUCAGUGAGCGGUAAGUCCGUCUUGAGCGGCGCGAGUGGGAAGGGCAAGGGCCAGGGCGGCGUGGGCAUCAAGCGCCACAGAAAAAUCAUCAAAGAUACUAUUCGCGGCAUCACUCAUUAUCCUCAAUCGAGAAACAACGGUUUACUGAUGCAUUCAUGCUCUGUGUGCUUCAGCCAAGCCUGCUAUUCGGCCUAUUUACAUACUAGCCCACCUUCCCUUCAGCAUCAUCAGUUAUUUCCCUUUCAUAAAGCGGUCCAAACAUUUUCGGAAGAAGAAGCACAGGCACGCGAAGACGGUCACCGUAACGGACGAGAAAAGGUGAUUUUCGCCCUUCGUCGCAUUGGCAAACCCAUCUACGGCUUUGACCCCGAGACGUGGGAGCCUCCUGCGCGCGGCGCCCACCGUCGCGCCCUCGCCCAGGGUGGCGAACAAGGCCGCAGCGGUAAUCGCGGCGGCGAUAACGACGAUUCGGACUAG